GGUCAAUAUUGACCACCUGCUCUUCGGAGCUAAAUAAAAACAUUUACCAACCUCCCUUUAUCUCACACCAUCCUUUCUCACUCUUGAAACUGAAUCCGAAGUUGAGGGCUGAGGGAAAAUGGCCCAUUACCAUGGUGACUACGGAAAGAACGACGACGUGGAGUUUGUCAGAACUGGCUAUGGGAAAGACAUGGUCAAAGUUCUCCACAUUCAGAGGGAUGGGAAAUACCACAGCAUCAAGGAGGUGGCAACUUCUGUGCAGCUGACUCUGAGAUCCAAAAAGGAUUACCUACACGGUGAUAAUUCUGACAUCAUCCCUACCGACACCAUCAAGAACACAGUGCAUGUCCUGGCGAAACUCAAAGGGAUAAAAAGCAUAGAGACCUUUGCUAUGAACAUCUGCGAGCACUUCCUUUCUUCUUUCAACCAUGUCACCAGAGCCCACGUCUACGUGGAAGAGGUGCCCUGGAAGCGUUUUGAAAAGAAUGGAGUCAAGCACAUCCAUGCCUUCAUCCACACCCCGACGGGCACGCACUUCUGUGAAGUGGAGCAGAUGAGGAACGGACCUCCAGUCAUUCACUCUGGAAUCAAAGACCUCAAGGUCUUGAAAACAACCCAGUCUGGAUUUGAAGGCUUCAUCAAGGAUCAGUUUACUACUCUCCCUGAGGUGAAGGACCGCUGCUUUGCCACUCAAGUGUACUGCAAGUGGCGCUACCGGACAAGAGAUGUGGACUUUGAGGCUACCUGGGGCACUGUCCGAGACAUUGUCCUGAAGAAAUUUGCUGGGCCCUAUGACAGAGGCGAAUACUCACCUUCUGUGCAGAAGACCCUCUACGACAUACAAGUGCUGUCCCUGAACCAGGUUCCUGAGAUGGAAGACAUGGAAAUCAGCCUGCCAAACAUUCACUACUUUAACAUUGACAUGACCAAAAUGGGCCUGAUCAACAAGGAAGAGGUUUUGCUGCCUCUUGACAAUCCCUAUGGUAAAAUUACCGGGACAGUCAAGAGGAAGCUGUCUUCGAGGCUGUGACAUCAUGGCUCUGCUCAAUUGUGAUGGCGGGGCGUACCGUGUGUUUAGCUGCAAAAAUUUCAACACAGGGUAUUGAUUGCUCUCUUCUGUAUGAAACCAUUGCUUUCUUUGUUCCUAGUUCAAUGGGGCAUUUUGUGGAUCCCCUUAAUAGCAGGCACAACAUGCUCCCUGGCUGUGUGCAGUUUCCUUAAACAUCACUGGGCAGCGUUAGAAGAGUCACACCAGUAUUUUUCUUUGUGCUCUUGUGUUCUCUGCCUUAAA